AUGAACUCCACUGAAGUAGAAUUUUUUCUUUCUUUCUUUUAUCUUUACCAUUUUUUCUUUCUUUAUUUAUUUAUUACUAUAGUUGCAUCUUCUUUUUUAUAUUUUCAUUCCUUACUCAUUUGCUACCAUCAUAUCUUUAUCUUUUUUCUUUUCUUUUUCUUCUUUCUUUAUUUUUUCUUUCUUUCUCCUUUUUUUAUAUUGUCAGCCUUUACUGAUUCACUUCCAUCAUAUCUUUUUUUCUUUCUUUCUCCUUUUUAUAUUGUCAGUUUUUACUCAUUUGCUUUCAUCAUAUCUUUUUCUUUCUUUCUUUCUUUCUUUCUUUCUUUCUCCUUUUUAUAUUGUCAGUUUUUACUCAUUUGCUUCCAUCAAAUCCCUCUUUCUUUCUUCUUUUUAUAUUGUCAAUCCUUACUCAUUCGCAUCCAUCAUGUCCCUCUUUCUUUCUUUCUUUCUUUCUUUCUUUCUUUCUUUCUUUCUUUCUUUCUUUCUUUCUAA